GUCUGCUACCGUUGUGUGAAUAGUAAAAGCAUGUGUUUCUUUCUGAAGGCAUAAAACCGCCGCCGAAGUAUUUAAUUGUUUGUGGUUUCAAGACCUUUGCUCCAAACUUGUCAAGACGUUUUGAAAUGUUUAUUUUUUGGCUCAAUAAUUUGUAAACUUUUUUUUUCAAUUCAAAAUGUUGUGCUCAAGACUUGUUACAAAAACUUUAAGACCAUUCCUGGAGCUAACAUCAAGAUCUGCCUCAACCGAAGCCUCAGCCGACAACUGGGUUCCAAAACGCUGGGGUGAUCUUGUUAAUGAAAAAGAAAAGAUAUCGAGGUGGACUCAACUGAACGAGAAAGUUUUUGAACCCCUGAAGGAGGGAGAGGAGCCGCGACCUGCGUAUGUUUGUCAUGAGAAACGAGACUUCUGGUACAGUUUCAAGAAAUUGUACAUUGUUUCCUGCUUGGUUAGAGGACUUCCAGUGGAUGAGGCCGUUAAACAAUUAAAUUUUGUGCGUUCGAAGGGUGCCAAGAUCGUAAAGGAGACAAUCUUAGAGGCACAAGAAUUAGCUAUUAAACAACAUAAUGUGGAGUUCAAAAGCAACUUGUGGGUUGCUGAAUCGUUCCCUGAGAAAGCCUACUGCCUAAAAGCGACAAGGAGGCAUGCAAGAGCAAGAUUGGCUAUGAUCAAUUUGCAACACUGCCAUUACAUGGUUCGCUUGGAGGAGGGUCCUCCACCCAAACACUAUUACUAUUAUAGACGCCCUAGGUCCCCUCAAGAGUUGUUGGAUGAAUGGCUUGUUGAGUUAAGGUCAAGGAAGAUAAUAAAUUCAUUGUAGUUUCCUCAUUGAAUUUUGACUGUACCUUUUGUAAUGUUUUGGGUUCAAAGCUUGCUUUGAAGUAAAGUUUGUUCCUCUCUGUAAUUUAAGAUAAAGAUUUAUGUUGGAAACUGUUAAAUGUUUAAAA